CUCUAUUGGUAGCCUAAUUUGUUGCCUUGUAUUGGUGUCAUGUUAUGUCUAGUAGAUACCAAGGUCCAAUAAUAGUAAUAGCAAUGGUUAUCUGAUGAUUUGUAAUGGUAUUUUUAGUGGAAACCAUUAGAAUUUUGAUGAUGGUUUCUAUUCUAUCUCUUUUUUCAGCAGGGUAGGUCUAUAGCUAUAAGUUAUGAGACACAUAUGUCUUUGUUUGGAAGUGCAGAAUCAGUGGGACACUUAGGGUUGUAUUUUGAACAGAUGGACUACAACCCCCAUAUUUCCCGGAACAACGGACACGGGAACAUGACCACGUGACUCACACACGGCGUUUGUAAACACGGCGUGUUUAUGCGGCUUUCUAACUGAAUACUGAGCGGUCCCUAAAGCGCGUUUCAUUUCACUCCUGUUUAAAGUGAAAGAUGGAGGUGGAAACAGGAAGGCCGUAUUUCUUCGGUGAUAUCGGCUUCUGGUCGGAGAGGACAGAGGUCCACAAGGCUGCAUAUCAAGGCCAGGUGUCCCAUCUGCAGUCACUGAUCCAGAGUGGAGCUUCAGUCAAUAUAGUAGCCGUCGACUCCAUCACUCCUCUCCAUGAGGCAGCUAUCCGAGGACAGACGCAGUGUGUGAGGCUGCUGCUGGAUGCCGGAGCACAGGUGGAUGCAAGGAACGUGGACGGCAGCACUCCUCUGUGUGAGGCCUGUUCUGCUGGGAGCUCUGAAUGUGUGCGGCUCCUCCUUGAGCACGGUGCAAAGGUUAACCCCGCCCUUACCUCUCGCACCACAUCCCCACUACAUGAGGCCUGCAUAGGAGGAAACGCUGAGUGUGUAAAGCUCAUGAUAGCAAAUGGAGCCAGUCUGGAAGCCUAUGAUCUGUACAACGGCACUCCACUUCAUGUAGCCUGCGCUAACCAGCACAUGGAGUGUGUCAAAGUGCUACUCAAUGCAGGAGCGAAAGUAAACGCAGUCCGGCUGCACGAGACAGCGCUACACCAUGCAGCAAAGGCCAACGACGUAGAAUUGAUCAAGCUGCUGGUUGAGUUCGGGGCAAACAUCUACGCCAAAGACAAGCAUGAGAUGAAACCCGUCGACUACACCAGGCCUGACACACCCGCUGCUCUGUGUAUGCAGCUUUACGAGAGUUGUCCUCUGUCUCUGCAGCAGCUGAGCCGUAUCACACUGAGGCAUGUCCUGGGCACCAGAGCGCUGCCGGUCAUCACCCAACUGAACCUUCCCAAUUUCAUCAUUUGCUACCUCUCAUACCUGUAAGAUCUCCACACAAGCACACACACUCUCUCAGGGCUGGUGUGACUCAGAGCUUCAGUACACCUUCAGCAAGGUUAUAUUUCAUACCUGAACAUUUUUCCUUAUAUUUAUUAGCUAACUAUUAUUCGUAAGGACAUUCAUGAUGCACUUGAAUACUCCGUGCUUAUAGCACAUCAUGGUCUUUAAUGUACAACCUAAUUGCACGAUUAAAACAUGAACUGUUGUAAAUAUCAGUGCAAAGCACUUAAGACAUCCUCGAAGCUGUUUAGUAGUGAAAGCCAGAGGACAGAGAAGCUUCCUGCACAGAGGACCUUCUCUGAAUGUGAUACACGAGACUCAGAAGUGGCAAUACAUUAGUUACCUUGACUACAGCUGUGUAGCCUGAACAACACUAGACCAGCCUGAAGCAGAUUCUGGCAGCUUCAUCUGAAACACGUUCCAAACGGAGUCCACAGACCUGACAACAUGCUGUAAAUUCACAAGCGACGAUGAUGUGCUGGGAGUGAGGGACUGCAGGCCCAGUCAGAUCAACAUCCUUAUUUUAUCAAUAUCCACAUUCUUUCCAUAUCACCGUUUAGAAUCUCUGCUUUUGUGGUACGUUUCGGUGUUUAUAUGUAAUUUUACAGCAGUUCUACAGCAUCUUUCUGGUGAAUAAUAUCACGGAUAUCAUGGUGAAACAUCAUCAUCAUGAUGAUAUUUAGGUUUGGUAACAGCAUGCCGGCAAAAUAGCAAUGAACUUGUUAUAAGUCCUGAGAAAAAUCGAUUCUGACAUCCUGUCAGGAACUUUUUAGGUUUCGCUUGCAUUAUAGAGGAGGUUUUUUGGUUUUGUGUUUUUUUUUUCCUUUAAACUGUAGUGUUUUUGUCGCAUAGUGAGUGAGAUACUGUACAGCAUAAAUAGACCUGCAUUAUUUUAGCAUCUAGAUGUUGAACAUUACAGUAAGAGGACAACCACACAGCAGCCUAUUAUACAGUAUUCUACACAGAUUUGAAAUUCUAUAUUAAACUAGCUACAUUUCUACUAUGCACAGCUACAGUAGGAAGACGAGGCAUUCUUCAUUCACUGAUGUAUAGCAGUGCUCCCAUUUGUGUUUUACUGCCCAAAACUAUAGCACUUUUAUACCAUACUAUAUGCUGUUGAAUUCUCUAUUCUAAUAGAUCAGAAGAUGGUGAUUCAUUUUCUAUAACAGCAGCUCUGACAGUAGUGCCGUCUGUAAUUCAGAUCACAGGUUUAUACCGAUGUGCUCAUUUUAAUACAUUAACAUUUCUAUAGAAAUAUCAUAAAUAGAUUUGAAAACCAACAAGUAUUUGGGAGGAGCCUCCAGUGUCAGCACUUUGUAACAGUCCAAGAUAAAGCUAUAACUUUAGAAGGCGUAAUUAU